AUGUCUGAUGAACCCGCCACCAAUGGUACCGCCAGUGGCACUGUGACACCCGUCUUUCCCAAGAUGAGUGGGCUGGCGUUGACCGAAUAUGCCUCCACUCCAACGCCUCCCGGCGAGCGCAACGGACAGCAUGGCCCCGGAGUGCCUCCAGACUGGGGCAUUCCAGAGGCCUUUUUACUUCCCAAUGGAUAUCCUGAUUAUCUGCGAUUGAUCCUGACUUCCCGCGUUUAUGAUGUUAUCGAGGAGACUCCCCUCCACCAUGCCGUGAACUUGAGUAACCGUCUGGAGAGCCGAGUCUUGCUCAAGCGGGAGGACCUUCUGCCGGUCUUCAGCUUCAAGCUCCGUGGCGCAUACAACAAGAUGGCUCACCUGAACGCGGAACAGCGGUGGAAGGGUGUCAUUGCUUGCUCUGCGGGCAACCAUGCGCAGGGUGUCGCUUUCUCUGCUCGCAAGCUGAGAAUCCCUGCCACCAUUGUUAUGCCCUCGGGCACCCCCGCCAUCAAGCAUUUGAACGUCGCUCGUCUGGGAGGAAGCGUGGUCCUCCAUGGAAACGAUUUCGAUGCUGCCAAGGAGGAGGCACACCGGUUGGAGAAGCAGCACGGUCUCACAAACAUCCCGCCAUUCGAUGAUCCGUACGUUAUUGCUGGCCAGGGUACGAUCGGCGUGGAGCUGUUGCGCCAGGCCAACUUGGACAAGCUGGAGGCCGUCUUCUGCGGUGUGGGUGGCGGUGGUCUGAUUGCCGGCAUUGGUGUGUACCUCAAGCGCAUUGCUCCGCAAGUCAAGGUCAUUGGGGUUGAGGCCUACGAGGCCAAUGCCAUGGCUAAGUCGCUGGAUGAGGGCGCUCGUGUUUUUUUGAAAGAAGUGGGUCUCUUUGCUGACGGCGCUGCCGUCAAGUCCGUCGGCGAGGAACCUUACCGCGUGGCCCGUGACGUGAUCGACGAUAUCAUCCAGGUUUCCACCGACGAGAUCUGCGCAGCCAUCAAGGAUGCAUUUGAGGAUACCCGCUCCGUUGUCGAGCCUGCUGGCGCUCUUGGUCUCGCCGGUCUGAAGAAAUACAUUGCCAAGAACCCGAGCCCCGACACCAACCGUGAGCUGGUUGCCAUCACCUCUGGCGCCAACAUGGACUUUGAUCGCCUCCGCUUUGUGGCCGAGCGUGCCGCCCUUGGUGAGAAGAAGGAGGCUCUAUUGAGCGUUAGGAUUCCCGAGAAGCCUGGUGCUUUCGCCAAGCUUGUUGAGGUUAUCUUGCCUCAUGCCGUCACAGCCUUCAGCUACCGGUACGCUCAGGAAGACUCUGCCGAUGUCCUAAUGGGUAUUCAGCUGUCUGCCAUCACCGGCCGUGAAGACCUGGCCAAGAUGACGGAAGAGUUGGAGAAGGAUGGCAUGGCUACCCGGGACCUGAGCGACGAUGAGCUGGCCAAGCGUCACCUUCGCUUCCUUGUCGGUGGCCGCUGCGACGUGUCGGAUGAGAGGCUCUUUAUGUUCGAGUUCCCCGAGCGGCCAGGCGCUCUGGCCAAGUUCCUGACCACUCUUCGCCCCAACCAGAACAUCUCUUUGUUCCACUACCGCAACUACGGUGGUGAUGUGGGCAAGGUUCUUGCUGGCAUCCAGUGUCCUCCCUCGGAGAAGGACGAUCUCGAGUCGUUCCUUCACGACCUGGGCUACCCCUUCAGCGAGCAUACGGAUUCGCCCACCUAUAAGACCUUCCUCCGCUCUUAA